AAUAUAUACACUUCAUUAUUUCAGGAUUAGUUGAGUUCUUUCCGAUGGUUACUAACCUAAAGGCAAGCUGGUUCUGAAGGAGGCUGGGCUCUUCCCCUCAUCCCACGCCAGAGUCACCAUGGCAGCAGGAGUAGCGGCAUGGCUCCCCUUCGCCAGGGCAGCGGCCAUCGGCUGGAUGCCGGUAGCCAACCUGCCCAUGCCUGUAGCUCCCACUGAGAAGAACAAGCGGCAGGACGAGCUGAUCGUCCUGAAUGUGAGUGGGCGCCGCUUUCAGACCUGGAGGAACACCCUGGACCGCUACCCAGACACCCUCCUGGGCAGCUCCGAGAAGGAGUUUUUCUAUGAUGAGGAGACCAAGGAGUACUUCUUUGACCGCGAUCCUGAUGUCUUCCGCAGCAUCCUCAAUUUCUACCGGACUGGGAAACUGCACUAUCCACGUUAUGAGUGCAUAUCAUCGUAUGAUGAGGAACUGGCUUUCUUUGGCAUCAUUCCUGAGAUUAUUGGCGAUUGCUGUUAUGAAGAGUAUAAGGACCGUAAGCGGGAGAAUGCUGAGCGACUCAUGGAUGACCAGGAGGACAACAAAGACAGCAAGUUGCCCAACAUGACCUUCCGGGAGACCAUGUGGCGGGCAUUUGAGAACCCUCACACGAGCACCAUGGCUCUGGUGUUCUACUAUGUCACUGGCUUCUUCAUUGCUGUCUCUGUCAUCACAAAUGUAGUGGAGACAGUGCCCUGUGGCUCCUCACCCAACCAGAAAGAUGUGCCCUGUGGUGAACGCUACACGGUGGCCUUCUUCUGCAUGGACACAGCCUGCGUAAUGAUCUUUACUGUGGAGUACCUGCUGCGGCUCUUCGCAGCACCCAGCCGCUACCGCUUCAUGCGCAGCGUGAUGAGCAUCAUUGACGUGGUGGCUAUCCUUCCCUACUAUAUUGGCUUGGUCAUGACCAAUAAUGAGGAUGUGAGCGGAGCCUUUGUCACACUGCGUGUCUUCCGCGUCUUCCGGAUCUUCAAGUUCUCCCGCCACUCACAGGGCCUGCGCAUUUUGGGCUAUACUCUGAAGAGUUGUGCCUCGGAGUUGGGCUUUCUCCUCUUCUCCCUUACCAUGGCCAUCAUCAUCUUUGCCACCGUCAUGUUCUACGCAGAGAAAGGCUCUACCUCCAGCAAGUUCACCAGCAUUCCGGCGUCCUUCUGGUACACCAUCGUCACCAUGACGACCCUGGGCUACGGGGAUAUGGUGCCCAAGACAAUUGCAGGGAAGAUCUUCGGCUCCAUCUGCUCACUAAGCGGGGUAUUGGUAAUAGCCCUGCCCGUUCCAGUCAUCGUUUCCAACUUUAGCCGAAUUUAUCACCAAAACCAGAGAGCAGACAAGCGACGGGCACAGAAGGUUCAGAAAGCCCGACUGGCCAGAAUACGAAUAUCGAAGACAGGUACCUCUAAUGCUUUUCUGCACAGUAAGCGCAAUGGCCUCCUCAACGAGGCACUGGACCUGACGGGCUCCACUGAAGAUGAGCGCCAUCACAACAAAACCACAUCACUGCUGGAAAGCCAACACCACCACCUACUGCACUGCCUGGAAAAGACCACGAACCAUGAAUUUGUUGAUGAGCACCUGUACGAGCAGAACUGCCUAGAGGGGGCACUGCAAAAUUACACGUCCCGCAGCCCCUCGCUAUCCAGCUCAGGUGGCUUGACAGGCACCUGUUGCUCCCGACGUUCCCGACGGAAGAGCGCCCACCUACCCAACUCUGCCAUGUCCCCAGGACCCCCACAUGGCCUACAGGAGCUCAGCGCUGUCCACAUCCACCGCAGUGACCGGCCACCCCUCAGCACAAGUCGUUCCAGUCUGAACUUGAUGCCCGACGAAGCAAUGCGCCUGAACUGUAAGAGUGGUCAGAUCACCACAGCAAUCAUCAGCAUCCCCACCCCCCCGGGGACCACACCAGAAGGUGACGGCCAUGGCCCCCCCAGCCCCAGCGUCCAGACCACGGCCGGCUCCAGCGUUGUCAAGGUGUCCGCCCUGUGAGGCCCCCCGGGGGGUCUUACCACCACCUGACACCGCAGACUGAUGAGGAGGACCAGCAGGGGGUGCCCUGGAGCAGAGUUCAGGCAGGGACAGUGAAUGGAGGGGCUCACCCUCUGCCCCCUUUCCUAGGAGAUGGGCUGACGGAGCCUGUCAGUUAUGAGGAGGUUGGUCUUCUACAGGAAAAACAGAGAGAAGAAGAAGGAGUAGGAGAAGGACCAGGACAAGGAGAAGGAGAGACCAGAAGCACUUAAUUCUGAUGAAAACAUGCAUUCCAUGGGAAGGACUAGACAAGAGAAGUCACUGUGCUCUAUCACCUUUAUGUUUCCUUUGCCUAGGAGAGGUUUUCAAGCAACAGCAACAAGCAUCAAACAAAAAGAAACAAAGGAGCAAACGAAAAACAGAAAAUGAGAUAUACAAGAAGCAGCAAGUAGACAAGGACAGUGUUUCUCGUUUCGGUUUCCUUUGUUUUGUG